CACUUUUAUAUGUAAUGGCCAUAAAGCCUCAGAGGGAAACACAGAUCAAAACAGCAGACUGUACAAGCAGGCUUAACCUGCCCUUAGUCCAUCACCUAUCUGGCUUCUCUUCUUUCAGCACCUCCAGCCUAUUCACCCCUCAACCAACUCCAGUCUUGUGAUUAAACAUGAAGUGUGUGUUGCUGCCACUGCUGCUGUUCUUGCUGGCUUCCUGCACUUCCAGACUGCAGGGAGAACGGGUAGAGAGGAUUGAGCAAUGUGAAUCCCGUUGCUCACAGGGACUCCAUUGCAAGCUGAAGCCUCACCUGUCAUUUGAGCAAUGCAAGAAACGUCCAGACGGCAUGACCAGAGAUGUGUUCAGGAACACAAGCAUCUCCACGGUGAUGAGGUGUGAAGGGACUCGACGGUGCUCUCUUUACCUUAGAGUCAGCACUCAUCUACAUCUAAAGAAACACAUCCACGGCAUCUACAUGUGCACAAUCAGUGCAGCGAUGAUGGAACACUGCAGGAUCGUGACCUUCUCUCGCACGCAAAAAGAAAAAGUGAUGGGCCAUCAGGUGAAUAUUCAGGACGAUUGUCUGGAAGUAGGCAUAGGGCAGGAUGUUCACUUAACUCUCCAAACCUGGCCCCGAUUCUGUGAUGUGGCUUAUUCCAAAUCAUACCAGGUUCCAGAUUGCAGCAACAAGGAACUACAAGGAAACAUCCCAGAAUGUACCACCGGCAAGAUUAACUAUGAAGUGGACUUGGAGAGGAAAGAAGUGCAUAUAAGUGUGUCAGACAUGCUGGAGGACAGAGAUUACCAUGUUAGGCUCUGCCACAAGAAUUACAUCUGCACUGGCACUGGAGCUCAUGUAUUGUUAAAAAAGGAGAAUCCCCUGAAAAAUGUAACCCUAAAGUACUCCAAACCAGUGCCCUGCCUGUGCAUUGAGGGCUGGUCUGUCAUGGCUGAUGCUUCUCGAAUUCAAGUCUGCCCUUUCAAAAAUCGUGUUGAGGAACUCUGGUCUGGGAUAUCCUUUGACCCUGUGGAGGAAACACUUUCAUGGGAAGCUUCAUGCCAAGUUAAUGCUGUUAUAUCACUCUGUGAGCUGCAAGAUCAAGGUGUGUGCCAAGACCUUGUAAAUUCUUCACAGCGAUAUGUCAAAGGAAUGGUUUCAUAUUCAACAGUAGAUCCUCAUCCCCAACUUUGCAUGAAGUUCAUCACUGAGAGCGGUGUAUGGAUAAAGUGCCCAUUUUCAGAUGGGAAUUUUCUUGCCUGGGACGUAAAAUUUUCUAAUGAAGUGGACAUGCCACAGCUACUUGUGACUUCCCAGGUCAAAGCAAGCCUCUCUUUGAGUGUAACAUCCAAGACUGCGGUGUCUGGGUAUGAGGACACACAAACCAUCUUAGUUGAUGUGGAGAAAUUUAAACCUGUGAGACCAAAUCUGGAUUUGGAUCUUUGUACAUCAGGUCUCUGCAUUAAGGCAAAGCGUGCGAAUGUAAAAUACGGAGUCGCAAAACUCUACUGUCAGCCGCCAUGCCCACAAUUUUCCUCAAAGCAGAAGGACCGUGACAGUAAAUGGCAGUUCAUGUAUUUUAUCGUGCCAGCAAUGACACUGACCGCAGCUAUAGCCGUCGCUUCUGCUGUAAUGAUCAUUGCAAUGUUUGGUUACCACAUCAAAAGGACAAUAAAGACUCGGGCCAUCGCCCGCUUCCCAGGACCACACACAGCCUUAUUCUCUCCAAUGACCAAGGAGGUGAACUCAAAAACUGAGCUGAUGUCCACAACAGUACUUGCUGACGGAAAUAUCUCAGAACAAUCUGAGUUACAAGACUCUGAGAAGUCCAAUCUACUGAAUGACUUCGCAAAGCACUUAGAAGUUUAGCUCAAGGUUGAAUUAUGGCUCAAGGUUGAAUGUUCUGUGUUAAUUUUGCUUUGCAUUUCAUGUUCCUGUAUUGUGACAAUGGGAAAAAAAAGUGGAAAGGAAAUAUUCAUAAAAACAUACCACACAGAUUUAUUUGUAUGUUUAUUGUUAUUGUUCAUGUAUUUUGAUGUGGACUGUUAUUCUGAAUGACCAUUUGCACUUUAUUUCUCUUUUUGAUAACUCAUUCAAUAAGAGUGAAUUAUCUCAUGAUAGAACAGUACAUAUUAAUGAUUGUCUGUAAAAUGAACAGUGCAAACAAAUAUGACAUCAUCCAUCACAAGACUGUUGCGUAUAUUUCUGCUUUUGUGUUACAAAUCAGAAUACAUUUAUUUAUAAGAUAUGUGGUUUAUAUUCUUGUAAGAUAGACUUAUUUUUUUAUUGUGUCUGUUGAAUGUCAUUGUUAUCCUGUGGGUAUGUUGUAGGUCAUGCUUAAAUCUCUCAACACUUUUGUAUGAGGAAGCUCUCAAUAAAUCGCUUCACAUUUAUCUGCCA